UUUUUUUGUAAAGUCUGUUUGGUACAUUAUUUCCCUGUGUCAUGCACUUUGUCAGUAUCACAAAAGACUAUUCCAGCAGAAAGCCCCACUGUGUUAAGGGCACUGCUUCUACGGAGCAUAGUUGAGCAACAUGAAUUCUCUUCAACUUUUCAAAGUCCUGGAAAGUUUUGAUAAGCAAAUACUGUCCAGGCUCUGCUUCUCCAUUGGUUGUUUCUUCACCGCCAGAUUUUGACACAAAUAAUCUGAUUGAAAAAUCAGGGAGGGGAACAGGGGCAAAAAACAGAAAGAAAAAAGGAGAAGUAUCUAUUUCAGAAGACAGCUACCAAGUGAAAAAGUGGAAGAAAGAGCCACAGAAAGAGAAAGAGAAGACCUCUUGCUGGGGGGUUUGUCUGGGGAGAUUUCAAGGCAGAGCUUGAUUCCUGCAAACCACAGUCCCCAAAACAGUGUUUCUGCCCAGGAAGUGCCUGGAAAAUGCCACGUUCUUUUUUGGUGAAGAGUAAGAAGGCCCAUACCUACCACCAGCACCACUCUGUGGAAGAGAACCUGCCUGUUUCCACAUGGGAUCCCAUACCAUCACUCUGCCUUGCCCCAUGUGACAAGUCGUCAGAAGAAGUCAGGCCCUUCAGCGCAGAGUUCAAAAGCGAGUACCCAGAAUGCCUUGUUCCAAAACAAGAAAAGGACCAUGCUGGACUGAAGGAAGAAGGUGCGCCUGCCCUGUAUCUGAACAGGACAUUGUCAGGGCCUCCAGCUCAAGGCAGCAUUUCCCUCUGCACUUCUGGGAUAGACGUGUUUCAUGUCCGACAGCACGGCCAUAAAUUUCAGACUGAGACUAGAAACGUGUCAAACCCUCCUAACCAGACAUCCGUCCCAGCUCUGCAAGUUAAGGGCUGCAGCAAUUCCACAAGCACCCCCACCUUCUACAAGCCCAGUUUCUCUUGGGACGCCUUCCAUUCUCCAUACAGCUACAGGCAGAUGUCUUCCAGCAUGCAGUCAGCCCUCCUGGAGCGCUCAGUUAGUCUGUAUGGCAGCCACCUCCUGCCAGGCUCUGAGCCGCCUAUUGAUUACAGCAUGCGUUACUCACCGGACAUGGAGACGUACCACUGUGUGAAGUGCAACAAGGUAUUCUCCACCCCACAUGGGCUGGAGGUCCAUGUCCGAAGAUCUCACAGUGGGACGCGGCCCUUUGCUUGUGAUGUGUGCGGCAAAACCUUUGGCCAUGCUGUGAGCCUGGAGCAGCACACGAACGUCCACUCCCAGGAGAGAAGCUUUGAGUGUAAGAUGUGUGGAAAGACUUUUAAGCGCUCGUCCACAUUGUCCACCCACCUCCUGAUCCAUUCAGACACGCGGCCCUACCCCUGCCAGUACUGCGGCAAGCGCUUCCACCAGAAAUCAGACAUGAAGAAACACACCUACAUUCAUACCGGGGAGAAGCCCCACAAGUGCCAAGUGUGCGGCAAAGCCUUCAGCCAGAGCUCCAAUCUCAUCACCCACAGCCGCAAGCACACCGGCUUCAAGCCCUUCAGCUGUGAACUCUGCGCCAAGGGCUUCCAGCGCAAGGUGGACCUGCGGCGGCACAGAGAGACCCAGCACAGCUUGAAGUGAGAGCACACCCCCAGCUCUGUCCUGGAGCCCCCACUCCCAGCCACAUGGAAUCCCACCAGUAUUCUGGCCUCGUUUCUCCCUCUGCUUGGCUUGGGGCACCCACUUUGUUAAAUGCUUAUCUCUGCCCGGAUUCCCUGUGGGACUGGCACAGCAACGUCAUCUUCCCUGCAUCCGACGAAGUGGGCAUUCACCCACGAAAGCUUAUGCUCCAAUACAUCUGUUAGUCUUAAAGGUGCCACAGGACUCUCUCUUGCUUUUUACAGAUCCAGACUAACACGGCUACCCCUCUGAUACUAUCUUCCCUGGUGUUACCCCACAUCCCCCUGUGUGUGACCAAGAAUGGCACUGCCGGGAUCACUCACUGUCUGGUUUUAUCACAGGCAUUGGGCCAGGCUCUGAUCUCAGUUACUCCAGUGUAAAUCCCCUGGAGUCGUCAUUACUCUGGAUUUACAAUGAGUGCAGGAUCGGGCUCAUCUCAUCCCCUGGCGACACAGAGGGACUCCUGGGUUGAUGACACCAACUGACUAGCGAUCUGUGCCAGGCUCCCUAAUCACGCUCUACUUCGAUGGUUAGGAAGAUAAGGCCUGGGCAUGCAAAUAAUUUGCAUUCAAUGAGCUCCGCUCAGCUAAGACAGGGUUCCCAUAGAGGGCAUAAAUUUGGGGCACAUACACCUAGACUCACAUUCUUUCAACAGGAGUCUUUUUGUUAUCAGGUGAAAAAUAUGUAGCACUGCACGUUUAUCUUACAAUAGAGUUGGAGGGCAGGGCAGUAAAAAAUCAGACCCUACAUGCCCAUAUUAGUACCACCUGGCUACCUACGUGGACUUCUGAGCUACGUGGUAUUCAGGACCACGGGGAAUUUUGUUUCCCUGUCACUCUUAUAAAAGAAGAAGCUGAUCUAUCCAUCUUGCACCCAUCACAUUAGUAUGUGAGUACCCUACAAGUAGUAGCAAGGCAAAGUAGCAAUACACCUCUACUCCGAUAUAACGUGACCUGAUAUAACAUGAAUUCGGAUAUAACACGGUAAAGCAGUGCUCUGGGGGGGGGGGGCGGGGCUGCACACUCCAGCAGAUCAAAGCAAGUUCGAUAUAACGCGGUUUCACCUAUAACACAGUAAGAUUUGUUGGCUCCCGAGGACAGCAUUAUAUCGGGGUAGAGGUGUAUUUCCUUCUCUCUCUGGUCAAGCGGUUAAAGCACAGGGCUGAGAACAAGAGCCAUGGGUUCUCUCCUUGGUGCUGCUACAUCCUGACUAUGUGACCUUAGGCAGGGCACUUCCCCUCCCUCUGACUCAGUUUCCCCAUCUGUAAAAUGGAGAUGAUACUUCACCUCACUGGGGUGUCAUAAAGAUUAAUGUACCAGGUUUGUCAAGUGCUUCGAGAUCCUCAGCUGGAAGACACUAGAGAAGGGCAAAGUGCUAUGUUAGGGAGAGAAGUGCCUUUAAAUGAGAGGGGCAAUGAAGCCCCAACCAAGUCAGCCUCGGACACUGUGUCCAACAGUGACAUCACUGUGUUUAGCCUGUCGCUGGGAUGCAGCAUCGGUUCCUUUGUCCCUCUCUUUACCCCAGCACUGAUGAAUGAAACAAAAGCCCUGCAGUGACUCUCCUACAGAUAGGAAAGACAUGAUGCAAGUGGAGAAUUCAUUUACUGCCAGGAGGAAAAGGGCCAAAUCCUGCUCUCAGUUACCCCAGUGUAAAUCCAAAUGGCUCUGGCCCAGGAUGUGAAGCAUAAAUGCCUCCGUGUUUGUGCUGGCUCUAGGCUACUUUCCACUAACAUGCAAUCUAGUGACUCAAAACACUCUCCCCUCCUUUGCGUGUACAUUUACAUAUGUAUUUAUACUUAUUGUAAUGUAUAUUUUUACUGUAAUAAACCAGACUGUAACAA